AUGUCACAGAGCUGCGGAACAGUGAAGGAAUCCCGGCUAAUCGACGAGCGCUCGGAAUGGCGCACGUUCAGCGAUAAGGACAAGGACACGACUGACCCUAAUCGUGUCGGUGGGCCUACAAACCAUCUGCUGGAGGGACUUACGACCACGAUUGGACGCGAGCGGAAUGACGGCGGCCUGUCUUACACGCUCAACCGAAUUCAUGCUCGUACCAACAACCCAGAUCGGGUCAUCAUGGCGGCGAUGAAGGAGGUCGGCCGGAUGUGCGAGCUGCUCAAAGUCAACGGGACGGUCAAAGAUCGCGCAUUGGAAAUUUAUAAAGAAGUGGUGGAGGCUAAGACGCUCAAGGGCCGUUCCGUUAAGGCUCUCGCCGCCUCCUGUCUGUUCUGGGCAUGUCGCCAGGAGAAGCAGGCGCGCACGUUCAAGCAGAUCGUGGCGGUGCUUGGAAACGACGUGAGCAAGAAGGAGAUUGGCCGCUGCUUCAAGGACCUGCAGCAGCUCAAAAAGGACGAGCUGCACAAGCAGGGCGCUUCAGCUGACGCGUUGGCGUCCACCAUGAACCAGACUGUACAGCACCCUGCAGAGUUUGUGCGCAACUACUGUAACCACCUGCGGUUGGAAUUCAAGUGCAAGAAGCUGGCGGAGGAGAUUGCGCAGAACGCCAAGCCACAGGACCGCCGUGUCCCAUGGGACGGUCGCACGCCCACGUCCAUCGCAUCCGCCAUCGUGUUCAUCGCCAUGAUGCUGUGGGAGAUCAAGAAGGAAGAGGGCCAGGCGGGGGCUGGCGGCUCGGCUGGGCAGCCCGCUUUCGCCAGCCUCAAGGCCGCCAAGGCACGAGCGGAUAGCGCCAUGCAGAAGGUCGCCAUUAUCUCUUCCGUAGCAGAAGCCACCAUUCGAGCCGCGUACAAG